AGAGAGAGAGAGAGAGAGAGAGAGAGAGAGAGAUAAAGGAAGAGAGCAUGAGCGAGAGAGUGAAAGAGAAGGAGGAGUGAAAGAAAAGAGGGAAGAAAGAGACUCAUUAAGCCAAGUUCUUCUCAGCACUCGUUCUGCUACACAGACUCUCUCUCUCUCUUUCUUUCUUUCUUUCUCUCUCUCUCUCUCUUUCUCUAUCCGUCACCAACAUACACACUCAUACCGCACACACACACAUACUCAAAAACACAAAGCAGAAGUGGACAAAGACACACGGUUUCAGUCGCCACGGUUGGCUAUGGCUCAGGGCUCUGACAGCAAUGACACAAGUUACAAGUCCCCAUCUCCUGGAAGCAGACCGAGCUCCUCAGACGAUGCAAAGAAGGUGAUGAGGCGGGAGAAGAACCGGAUCGCUGCUCAAAAGAGCAGGAUGAGGCAAACUCAGAAAGCUGACAGCCUACAUUUGGAGAGUGAGAACCUGGAGAAGGAAAACGCUGCCCUGAGGAAGGAGGUGAAGCAGCUGACCGAAGAGGUCAAGUAUCUGUCGUCCGUGCUGAGCAGCCAUGAACCAAUGUGCGCCGGCCUGACUCCUCAGACCCCCGACCUCCUCUACCCUCCUCAUCACAGCAGCUACCACCACCAGCACAUCACUGUACCACACUACCAGCACUGACCUGCAUGACUACUGAGACGGCCGAAAGACGUGCUGUGAACAGAUGACUGACCUCAAUGGAGAGAAAGACUGACCGGAGAUGUGUCUAUAAAUGUUAACCGUUGUUCAAAACCGAUCAAGGAGUAACGUGACGGGCCAGACAAUGACAGUAUGGAACCCAAACUGUAACAUGAAGUAUUCAAAACUAUUUAUUUUGCUUCUGCUCACCUCUUUGCUUUUAUCUGAUUAAUAUCAGUGAUCUGUCUGUGAACUUAAACGGCUCGAUAAGUAGAAUUGUCACCCAGUCUAUGUUUACAUUGGGAGAAAGAACAAAAAACAACUUACUGUAUGUUCAUGUGAUUCAUAUGACACAGUAUUUUUGUAAAUGGCUUAUUUUUAGUGUCAUGGAGAGCACCUCUGUCAUCCUGUCAUGUUUAGAGUUUCUUAGUGUUUAUUCAUGUGUUUCAUUGUGUAAAUGUAGAUCGAUAAUGCUCAGGAGAUUUUUGACAGAUUUGAUUGUGGACAAACAAGAAUGUAAAGUCAAGAUCCUAUAAAAAAAAAAAAGAAGGAAAAAAAAAAGGUUUUGAUGUACCAAAAAGAAACAGCUGACAGUGAAGAGUGGGAAUUCAAAGAAAGGGUCUUGACUUGUGUACUGGUGAUAAUGCUGGUGUGUGAAGAAGACCCAGCAGAGAUAUUUAUUAAAUGUGAUGCCUUUUAGGUACUUGUUUCUGA